AUGGAUUUUAAUGAAUGUUUCAUUCAUCCAAAGUCAUUCUCUUUAGACCCUAACAUUUAUACAGAACUUGUAGAACAUUAUACAAACGAGGCUUUAUGUUUUCCUGUUAAAGUUAUGGAUUGGAUUCCUAUGGACGGUUCAUUCUCAAAGAAUACAGAUAGUUCAAGUGCAACAUUUACAGCAGCUUAUACGCCUAUUAAUGUUAAAAGUAUUUGGGCACUAUUUAGAAAGAAAGACAACUAUUAUGUUAAUUUUGAGAACCCUAAGUUUAAAUAUCUUCAGCUUUCCAUGGGAGCUUAUGGAAAUAUGCCUGCAGAACCUGAAAAAUCAUAUGGACCUGUAUUUUAUGAAAUGGUUGCGAACGCUUGCAAUACAAACAAUGAUAUGAUAGGAUUUAAUGAAGAUGUUAUGAGGUCAUUGGUGGAUGAUGGUAGUGUGGAACAUAAAUGGGAUAGCUAUGACAACACACAUUUCUUAUGUGGUUUUCCAACAGAAGUGGACUUUUGCUUCCAGCAAGGUCAAACAUCUACUGCUCCAAUAACAUACAAAUUGUCUGUUAAAGGACCUAUUGAACUAGCAACUGAAAAUGUACCAAAGCCACUUAUUGGAUUUAUGAGGGAUUGUUGCUUUGCCAUUCAGGUGCGUGCUAAUGGCAUCCCCAUAAUAAGAUUAGAUGACUAUAACUUAGCUACGGACGACAGUGAGGAAUAA